AUUGUCAAAGAGAAUUUAGCGGUGUUAAAUGUACUAGUCCGUAGUGCGUGAAAAUAAAUAAAGUUGCAUCAGAUUUACUAGAAUUUUAACAAGAAAAUCUAAGUAAAAACAUUAACGAAAAUGUUAACACGUUUGGCCACCAGACCAAGAAAUUUUUUGGCACGUAACAUUACACAAUUGGUGUCGGCUAACCAAAGAGGAGCGCCCCGUUCAUUGAUACUGAAACAAUUCAAUACACAACUGGAAAGACAACAACAACUAAGGGCUACUUUAGCGACGAGAGUAUGUUCGAGAACAUUUUGCAGUAGUCGCAACAAACAAGAUGAGGAAGAGCUGCUGGAGCAAGAACAAGAUUUCAUUAUCAACAAAGAUCCACAAUUGCCGGCAACCGUAGCCGUACCAGAAGUAUGGCCCCACGUGCCUUUACUGGCCACAAAACGCAAUCCAGUGUUUCCAAGAUUCAUGAAAAUUCUUGAGGUCUCCAAUCCCCAGCUGAUUGAUUUAAUUAGGCGCAAAGUUAAAUUGAAUCAACCGUACGUUGGUGUUUUUAUGAAAAAAGACAACGACAAUGAAGCGGAAAUUGUCGAAAAACUUGAUGAUGUUUAUAAAAUUGGUACCUUUGCCCAAAUAUUGGAGCUGCAAGAUCUGGGCGAUAAGUUGAGAAUGGUGGUGGUGGCUCAUAGGCGUAUAAAAAUAACGGGACAGAUUCUGGAAGAAUUGGUGCCACCAAAAGAAAAAACUACAACAAUACAUUAUCCACUAUUUAACAUAAAAAUGCAAAUACCAGCCGACGAAACAGCACAGACGGGUUCAUCAUCAACUGCAGCGCCAGCAACAGAUGCUGAACGUCGUAAAAUGGCUAGAAAAUCAAGGCCAGCACGUUUGCAAAAGCGAGAAUUAACCCCAGAAACACCUACUGCCGCAACAACAGAAACUACAGUGGAUACAACUAAAACCACUGAUGCUGCAGCAACUACAGAUGUCAAAGCAACUACAGAGACUGAUGCCGAUGCCACUAAAGCUGCUGGAGCUACCACAGAUCCUCAGACUUCAAGCGAACCACUGCCAGUUCUUAUGGUUGAAGUUGUUAAUGUACAACAUGAAAACUUUAAACAGACCGAAGAAGUUAAGGCUUUAACUCAGGAAGUUAUAAAGACAAUACGUGAUAUUAUCACUAUGAAUCCUCUGUACAGAGAGAGUUUACAGCAAAUGUUGCAUCAAAAUCAACGUGUUGUUGAUAAUCCUGUGUAUUUGUGUGAUUUGGGUGCCUCUUUAUCGGCUGCCGAACCUGAGGAUUUACAAAAAAUUUUGGAGGAAAUGGAUAUUCCCAAACGUCUCUUGCUGGCAUUGGGCAUAUUGAAAAAAGAACUUGAACUUUCAAAGUUACAGCAAAAAAUUGGUCGUGAAGUUGAGGAGAAGGUCAAGCAACAGCAUCGUAAAUACAUUUUGCACGAACAACUGAAAGCCAUUAAAAAGGAAUUGGGCAUCGAAAAGGACGACAAAGAUGCCAUCGGUGAGAAAUACCGUGAAAAACUCAAGGACAAAACAGUACCCGAAAAUGUGAUGAUCGUAAUCGAUGAAGAAUUAAAUAAAUUAAACUUUUUGGAAAGUCACAGUUCGGAGUUUAAUGUAACGCGUAACUAUUUGGAUUGGCUGACCUCGUUGCCCUGGGGUGUUACUAGCCAAGAAAAUCUGAGUUUGGAACAGGCUACCGAAAUUCUCGAUAAUGAUCAUUAUGGCAUGGAAGAUAUAAAAAAGAGAAUUUUAGAAUUUAUAGCCAUUAGUCAGUUGAAGGGCUCAACACAGGGUAAAAUUUUAUGCUUCCAUGGACCACCUGGUGUGGGAAAAACUAGUAUAGCUCGCUCCAUUGCUCGUGCCUUGAAUAGAGAAUAUUUCCGUUUCAGUGUGGGUGGCAUGACAGAUGUGGCGGAAAUCAAGGGCCAUAGACGUACUUAUGUAGGAGCCAUGCCCGGCAAAUUGAUACAAUGUUUGAAGAAAACUAAAACCGAAAAUCCUUUAGUGCUUAUAGAUGAAGUUGACAAAAUUGGCAAAGGCUAUCAAGGCGAUCCCAGUUCAGCUUUAUUAGAACUUUUAGAUCCCGAACAAAACGCCAAUUUCCUAGAUCAUUAUUUGGAUGUGCCAGUAGAUUUGUCUCAUGUUCUAUUCAUUUGUACCGCAAAUGUUAUCGACACCAUACCUGAGCCACUGCGCGAUCGUAUGGAACUUAUCGAAAUGUCUGGUUAUGUGGCUGAGGAAAAAGUGGCCAUAGCCCGUCAAUAUCUUAUACCACAAGCUAUGCGCGAUUGUGGUUUGGAAGAUAAACACAUUACCCUUAAUGACGAUGCUUUAAGUACUCUUAUACGCAGCUAUUGCCGUGAAUCUGGUGUCCGUAACCUGCAAAAACAAAUAGAAAAAGUCAUCCGUAAAGUGGCCUAUAAGAUUGUCAAAAAGGAGGGUGAUCAUCAUGAUGUCAGCAAUGAUAAUCUCACUUCAUACUUGGGCAAACAUGUGUUCUCAUCGGAUCGCAUGUACGAAGAGACACCACCCGGUGUUGUUAUGGGCUUAGCAUGGACAGCCAUGGGUGGUUCGGCCUUGUACAUUGAAACAGCGAAACGUAACACCAUUAAACAUUCAAAAGGUGAAAAUACCAGUGGUUCUAUAAAUAUAACAGGUAAUCUGGGUGAUGUUAUGAAGGAGUCGGCACAAAUAGCUUUAACAGUGGCACGUAAUUUCAUGCGUGGUUUAGAUGAGAAGAAUAAUUUCUUAGAAAAUAGCAACAUUCAUUUACAUGUCCCUGAAGGUGCCACACCCAAGGACGGUCCCAGUGCUGGUGUUACAAUUGUAACGGCUCUUAUGUCUUUAGCCACCAACAAACCAGUUAGACAAAAUAUCGCCAUGACUGGUGAAGUGUCGCUAAAAGGCAAAGUAUUACCAGUAGGUGGCAUCAAGGAAAAAACUAUUGCCGCUAAACGCAGCGGCAUUACUUGCAUUAUUAUACCCGAAGAAAAUCGCAAAGACUGGGCUGAAUUACCCUCUUUUAUAACCGACGAUAUUGAAGUACAUUUUGCUUCUGUCUAUGAAGAUGUCUACAAAAUCGCAUUUGACCACACGGAGCAGCAGGCGAAGAAGCAACAGCAGCAACAAUAGGAUUAGUUGAACUUACGAAACAUUUCUUUACUUUUAAUGCUAAGCAUUAUACGAGCGUAUCUUAUUUUAUAAAAUAUACUUUUAAUUUAAUUUUCUAUUCUAUACCAUAUUAUUUGUAUGUUUUAUUGAAUUGUUAUUGAAACAUUGCAAAACAAAAAAACUUAGCUUUUUUUGUAACACUGUUAUUUACUACAACAUAUAAAAUGAUUUAUUUUUAUUUUACAAUUUUAUGUAAACAAAUACUAUAACUGAGUUUAAAUGCCGAUUAUAAAAAACAACAAUAAUAAACAUAAA